GUCUAACAGGCUCAAAGACGAAACGGUCAGGUACCCGUCGUUGUAAAACGGAGAUCUCGAUCUCGAGAAGAAUCGAGAGAAAAAAAUGGACAGCGAAUUCGAAAGGAAACACUGACAAAACUAUUUUCUACAAUUUAUCAUUGAUAUCUUGACAAAGAAGAUUUGAAUUAAUCAUGCGGCUUACAAGACAAUUAUUUGUAUCAAGGAAAAAGAGAUUCAAGUUUUUAUUUGACAAAUUAGUUUACAAGGAUCUACCUUUGAAUGCUCCUGCUCUCAAAGAUGUUGAGAUUGAAAAGGUAAAAGAAAGCAGGGUGGUGAGUCGUAACCUACCAAGACAAUUGCCACCUGAGCUAGCAGAUGACCCUAGGUUUUACUCCCCUCCUAAACCAGAGGAAAGAAGCAAUUACAGAGAAAAACCAGCCUUCCUUUACAACAAAAACUGCAGAUUUAUUGAAGGCACAAAACAAGCUUGUUUUCUAACAAAAUCAGUGAGGAUGGAGGGAAUGCCAGAAAAUGUACAGCAACUUGUCAGCGAGUUUGAAAUUCCAGAUGAGGUAAUCAUAAAGGUAGAAGUGCUGUCUACUUAAAGUAUACUCGCUAUA